CCGCCCCUUUAAAGUUUAAACCCUCGUCGCCACCGCCGGAAACUGUAAGCACAACUCACUAACUACCGUUGGAACCUUAACUGCUCACUUUUACUACUCGUUCUCUUUUCUCAUAAAGUUCAGUAAACGUCUCGCCGCAAGUCCAGAAGGUUGUGUCUCAAUUCUCAAAUGGAGAAGUCGCGGGAAAGUGGUUUCUUGUUCUGUAGUUUGUGUGGGACGAUGCUUAUCUUGAAAUCAACCAAGUCUGCAGAAUGUCCACUCUGCGACACAACCCGAAAUGCCAAUGAAAUCAUUGACAAGAAAAUAGCUUACACCGUUGCUGCUGAGGAUAUCAGAAGAGAACUAGGAAUAUCUCUGUUUGGUGAGAAAACGCAGGAAGAAGCUGAGCUACCUAAGAUCAAAAAGGCUUGCGAGAAGUGCCACCAUCUGGAGCUUGUAUACACAACCAGACAGACAAGAUCAGCGGAUGAAGGACAAACAACAUACUACACUUGCCCCAAUUGUGGACAUAGAUUCACAGAAGGUUGAGAUAAUAUUAUCAU